AGCGGAUGCAGUUCUAUUUAUCGCUCGAGAAGAUCAACAGAACGGGCAAGUGGCAUAGUGGAGCGUGUAGUCGUAAUUCAGAUUAUCUCUGAGCAGAAACAGAACUCGCUUGUUGUAUGAGUCUGUGUUGGGGGCGUUCAUACCGUCACUAUGUCUCGGGGCUCUAUAGAAAUUCCCCUUCGGGACACCGACGAGGUCAUUGAACUUGACUUUGAUCAGCUGCCUGAAGGAGAUGAAGUCAUUAGCAUCCUGAAGCAAGAACACACUCAACUUCAUAUAUGGAUCGCUUUGGCUCUGGAGUAUUAUAAACAAGGGAAGACGGAAGACUUUGUGAAGUUGCUGGAAGCUGCAAGAAUAGAUGGCAACUUAGACUACCGAGACCAUGAAAAAGAUCAGAUGACCUGCUUAGACACCUUGGCUGCUUAUUAUGUACAACAGGCCAGGAAGGAAAAAAAUAAAGAUGCCAAGAAGGAGCUCAUUACGCAAGCCACCUUGUUGUAUACAAUGGCUGACAAAAUUAUUAUGUAUGACCAAAACCAUUUGUUGGGACGUGCCUGUUUUUGUUUACUGGAAGGUGAUAAGAUGGACCAAGCUGAUGCCCAGUUCCAUUUUGUACUUAACCAAUCAACAAAUAAUAUUCCAGCUCUUUUGGGAAAGGCUUGCAUCUCCUUUAACAAGAAAGACUAUAGAGGCGCUCUGGCAUACUAUAAAAAAGCACUUCGUACCAAUCCUGGUUGCCCAGCUGAGGUGCGAUUAGGUAUGGGCCACUGUUUUGUAAAACUAAACAAAUUGGAAAAAGCACGGCUUGCUUUUAGCAGAGCUCUGGAGCUCAAUCCCAAAUGUGUGGGUGCAUUGGUUGGACUGGCUGUUCUGGAACUGAAUAACAAAGAAGCCGAUUCCAUUAAAAAUGGUGUUCAGCUCCUUUCAAGAGCAUAUACAAUUGAUCCUAGUAAUCCAAUGGUCCUAAAUCAUUUGGCAAACCAUUUCUUUUUUAAAAAGGAUUACAGUAAAGUACAGCAUUUGGCACUGCAUGCUUUUCAUAACACUGAGGUGGAAGCGAUGCAAGCAGAAAGUUGUUACCAACUGGCACGCUCUUUUCAUGUCCAGGAGGACUAUGACCAAGCUUUUCAAUACUACUAUCAGGCAACUCAGUUUGCCUCCUCUACUUUUGUUUUGCCUUUCUUUGGGCUGGGACAAAUGUACGUUUAUAGAAGAGAUAAGGAGAAUGCAGCACAAUGCUUCGAAAAAGUCCUGAAGGCAUACCCUAAUAAUUAUGAAACUAUGAAGAUACUGGGGUCUUUGUAUGCUGCAUCUGAAGAUCAGGAAAAAAGAGAUAUUGCAAAGGGUCAUCUGAAAAAAGUAACUGAGCAAUAUCCGGAUGAUGUUGAAGCUUGGAUUGAGCUAGCACAAAUUCUUGAACAGACAGACAUUCAGGGUGCACUUUCUGCAUACGGAACUGCUACAAGAAUUUUACAAGAAAAGGUUCAAGCAGAUGUACCACCUGAGAUCCUGAAUAAUCUGGGCGCUCUUCAUUUCAGGCUUGGAAACCUAGGGGAAGCUAAGAAAUACUUUUUGGCUUCCCUGGAACGUGCAAAAGCUGAAGGAGAACAUGAUGAGCAUUAUUACAAUGCUAUCUCUGUCACAACAUCCUAUAACUUGGCCAGACUUUAUGAAGCUAUGUAUGAAUUUCAUGAAGCUGAAAAGCUUUACAAAAACAUCUUGCGAGAGCAUCCCAACUAUGUAGACUGUUAUCUUCGUCUUGGAGCAAUGGCUAGAGAUAAAGGAAAUUUUUAUGAAGCCUCAGACUGGUUUAAAGAAGCACUUCAGAUUAACCAGGAUCAUCCAGAUGCUUGGUCAUUAAUAGGAAAUCUUCAUUUAGCAAAACAAGAAUGGGGACCAGGACAGAAAAAAUUUGAAAGGAUACUCAAACAGCCUUCCACCCAGAAUGAUACAUAUUCCAUGUUAGCUCUUGGAAAUGUCUGGCUUCAGACCCUUCACCAACCUACAAGGGAUCGAGAAAAGGAAAAGCGACACCAAGAUCGUGCUCUGGCUAUUUAUAAGCAAGUACUACGAAAUGACCCAAAGAACCUGUAUGCUGCUAAUGGCAUAGGUGCAGUUUUGGCACAUAAAGGAUACUUUAGAGAGGCACGUGAUGUUUUUGCACAGGUCAGGGAAGCCACUGCUGAAAUAAGUGAUGUUUGGUUAAACCUUGCUCACAUCUAUGUGGAACAAAAGCAGUAUAUCAGUGCAGUUCAAAUGUAUGAAAAUUGCCUGAAAAAAUUCUAUAAGCAUCAAAACACAGAAGUUUUACUUUAUCUAGCUCGAGCAUUGUUCAAGUGUGGAAAGCUAGAAGAAUGCAAACAAACCCUGCUAAAGGCAAGACAUGUGGCACCUAAUGAUACUGUACUUAUGUUUAAUGUGGCUUUAGUUCUGCAGAGGUUGGCCACAUUGGUACUAAAAGAUGAAAAGAGUAAUCUGAAGGCUGUGCUCAGUGCUGUUAAAGAACUUGAACUCGCCCACAGGUAUUUCAGUUAUCUCAGCAAAGCUGGAGACAAGAUGAGAUUUGACUUGGUCCUUGCAUCUUCUGAAGCACGUCAGUGCUCAGACUUGCUUAGCCAGGCUCAGUAUCAUGUUGCACGAGCACGUAAACAGGAUGAAGAAGAAAGGGAGCUCCGGGCUAAACAGGAGCAAGAAAGAGAGCUUCUCCGUCAGCAACUCCUUAAGGAGCAGGAAGAAAAGCGACAUAGAGAAGAGGAAGAACAGAGGAAACUACUGGAACAGAGAGCACAAUAUGUGGAGAAGACCAAAAACCUUCUGACAUUUGCUGAUGGUGGUGGUGGAGGUGGGGCAGGUCCCAAGGAGAAAAAGAAAGGUGGCGGUGCAGGAGGCAGGCGAUCGAAGAAAGGAGCAGAAUUUGAUGAGUUUGUUAAUGAUGACUCUGAGGACUUGCCUCUUCCAAAGAAGAAAAAGAAAAGAAAGGCAGGCAGUGGAAGUGAACAAGAAGAAGAGGAUGAAGAUGGAGAGAAAAAGAAGAAGAAAAGGAGGCGACCGCAGAAGGAUAAAGGUGACUUUGAUGGCAGUGACAAUGAGGAAGGUACUCCAAGAACUAAAAAACCACGCAAGCCAAGAGAACGCAAGAAGGCAGAAAGGCCAAAGCCAGAACGAAUGCCACUUUCUUUAAAAGGAAAGAUUAAGUCUAAGGCAAUUAUUUCAUCUUCAGAUUCCUCAGAUGAGGAUGGCCUUAAAAUUGCGGAAGACAGAAAUAUGAAAGACAGUGGCUCAGAUGAUAAUGAUAAUGACAAUGACCAGAUGCAUAGAAAGCGCAUAAUGUCAGAGAGUGACUCAGAUGCAGGAAACAAAUCUGGAAGUGAUGCUGGAAGCCCGGCACAAUCUGGAAGUCAACAUUCUGACUCUGGCAGUGAUCCACCAAUGAAAAGGAAGCGACUGCAGCAGUCGGACUCUGAACAGUCUGAUAAUGAAUCUGCUCAGUCCAAAGGAAAUCAGUCUGGGAAUUCUGACGAUUCCCGUCCUGCUUCUCCAAAUGCAAAUUCAGAGCAUGAAUCAGAUGUGCGUUCUGAUAAUGAAGGCUCUGAUAGAGCUUCUGGGAAUGAGUCUGAGGCUGAACGUUCAAAUAACGAGGCAUCUAAUCAUGGCUCCGAUGACAGUGACUAAAAAUGUAAAAUAUUUUAUACUUUUUACAGGUUUCAAUUCUAAAAACUAUGGACCUUUUCAUGAUUGAUAGAAAGUGUGAAUAAAAAGACUGAUGACGGAUGAUAUUUUAUUUUGCCUUUUUUCCCCCAUUCUCUUUCCUUGUGGCAGUUAUCAGGUGUAAAAUUGUAAACAGUUCUGCUGGAUUGAAUUUUGGAUUACACAUCAGUGUUUUUUGCUAAAUAUUUUGAUGUGUAUAAACAUCAACACAGUUUAAAAGCACCCUUAAAAGGUUCUUAAAAAUGGAAAAUAUUCAUCACUUUAACUGUAUUUACUGUGUUCUUUAUUUAAGUGAACUUUUCAGUUUAAAAAAAAAAAAAAAAAAAAACAAUAACUAUUUGCUUUUUACUUGAUGCAGAACCUAGAUUGUGUGUGAAAUGUCUGUUUAAUGGAGAAUGUCAAUAGUCAAUAAAAUAGUAUCUCCAUAAUAAGAGUUUGAAGCAUAAGGAUGAUUUGUGUCCUGUCAGUAACAUAUUUCUCAUUUUCAGUGUGUGUUGAAGAGAGUUUCAGGUUUUGUUAUGUAUAUUACUGUAAUUUUGUAUUAUCAUGAUGUACUCUGCAUUGAUGAUUGUGGUUUAAAGGCUGCCAAAAUAAGU